AUGGCGCGUCAUGAUACCACUUUUGACAUGCAGAUCAAGCUGCUGAUGAUUGGAGAUAGUGGUGUGGGCAAAACGUGUUUGCUGCUGCGAUAUGCGAACGACUCGUUCUCCCCGACGUUUAUCACGACAAUUGGCAUUGACUUCAAGAUCAAGAACAUUGAGGUGGACAGUAAGAAAGUCAAGUUGCAGAUCUGGGACACUGCUGGCCAGGAGCGCUUUCGCACCAUUACGACGUCGUACUUUCGUGGUGCGCAGGGUAUCUUGUUGGUCUACGACGUGACAGAUCGUGCAUCUUUCCAGAGUAUCCGAAACUGGGUAGGACAGAUUCAGCAGCAUGCCGACGUGCACGUGAACAAAAUCCUCAUUGGCAAUAAGUGCGAUAUGAUGGACGACAAGAUCGUUAGCACGGAAGAGGGUCAGGCAUUAGCGGACGAAUACGGUGUCAAGUUUUUCGAAACGAGUGCGAAGAACAAUAUUAAUGUCGAAGGCGGCUUCAUUGAGAUUGCACGCGAAGUAAAGAACAGGCUCAUGGAGGAAGGGGGACCGCAUAAGAAGGAAAACGUCAACCUCAGCGCAAAACCAGCACCCGUGAAGAAGGGCUGUUGCUAA